AUGGGUAAAAGAGACGAAAAAAGAAGCAGAUCAAGAAGUUAAUCAGAUUCUUAGUCUGAAGCAUCAUCUCCAGAUAGGAGAAAAGAUAAGAAAAAGAGAUCUCACAAAAGAAAAAGUUCAAAAAGAAGAGAAAAGAGAUCUAGAAGCAGAGACAGAAGAGAUAGGGAAAGACAGAGAUCAAAUAAUAGAGACAGAGGCGGUGGAAACAGAGGAGGAAAAAGAAGGGAUGAUGGUCACUUCAGAUUUGACUCUCCCCCUAAGGAUCAUGAACUUACCAAAGGUAUAAUGGCAGCAGCAGCUAGUAUCGGAGGAGGUACUAUAGCUAAUGCAUAGAGUAUACUCUAAAGUAUUCACUCUAUGUCGAUGGCAUAAACUGCUAAAAUUGAUAGAAAACUUUAUGUCGGAAAUCUACCUCCAGGAAUUACUUAGAGAAUGUUAAUUGAUGUUGUUAAUGAAGCCAUGCUAAGUUUAGGAAUUAUUGAGGAACCUGGGAAUCCAGUAGUUAGUGCUUGGAUUUCAUCUGAUGGUCACUAUGCCUUCGUUGAGUUUAGAACUGCCGAGGAAGCCAAUCAUGGCUUUUAGCUGUAAGGAAUGAACAUUCAAAAUUCAGAGAUUAAAAUUGGAAGACCAAAAGCUUAUAAUGGAACUAUGAAUGCUAUUGGACUUAUGACUGGUGGAGUAGGAGGUGGACCUUUAGCUAAUGCUGCAUUACUAGGAAUGAAAGGGGGAGUUUAUCAUGCCCUCGAUGAUAAUACAACAUCUGGUAUUUAAAAUCCAUUGAUGGGUGGGAAAAUGGCAGAUGAAAUAGUAAAUAUUUAACUUCCAAGUAGAGUGCUAGUUUUAAGGAAUAUUGCAACUCUCUAUGAUAUAAGAGAUGAUAACCUUUUCUGUGAUUUCUAAUCAGAUUUAAUGGAUAAGUGUUCUCAAUAUGGAAAAGUUCUAGAGUUGAAAAUACCUAGGCCUAUUUGGCAUGACAGAACAGAGUAGAAUAUAUUAGAGGAUGAAGCAAAGGAGAAAGCUUAGAAAGAAUAGCUAGAUAAGGAGAAAGAAGAACUCGAUGCAGAUCUACUUACAUCAAAGAGAAAAGCUGCAGAACAAAAGAAAAGAGCAUUAGAACCACUUCAAGAUCCUAGAAAUUAUGAUUAUCCUAUUGGAUUUGGAAGUGCUUUUGUCGAGUUUACAUCAGUUAAUGAAGCAAAAAGGGCAAGAAAGAACAUACAUUUAUUAAAGUAUGGAGGAAGAUUAAUAGAGUGUGAAUAUCAAGAUGAAGUAAAGUUUUUAAUGGGAGAUUUUUCUAAACCUGCACCAGUUAAGAUGGAGACCAGAGAUUAGGAAUUUGAGGGUCUUGAAAACUGUGCAAUUGAAUUUACUGAGCCAAGGUAGAGCUAGCCAAUGAAAUUAUGA